GCCCCGGGCCGCUGCCCCGGCCCCCGGGGCCCCUCCCGGCCCGGGCUGGGGGGGCCGUGCCCGCCCCACAGAGUGCCCCAAGCCGGCAGGAGCGGUCCUGCUCGUGGGCCUUCCGUUGCUUUUAUUGCCGUCACCUCCCCACAGCCGCCCUCCGUGUGUGCCCCGCCGCGAGGCGGUCGGGGCCCGGCUGUGCUGCCCCGGCGCUCUGUGGGCUGUCCUGGGGGGCAGUCGGGUGUUAGCUCGGGAAAGCAGAGCCGGCUGUGUCGGUGCUGGUUAAAUGAACGUUAAAUUAAUACAAAACUGUUCUCAGAGCAGCAUUCUGAUAGCAGAGCCCCUGCGCUUCUCCCAGAGUCUGAGAACGCUGAGACUGCACCGCUGGGAGACCAGCACUGCGCUUCUCCAGCGGGGUUAUCUUCCUUCAGCACUUACUAGCGCCCAGAGCAGGCGGUUUGCGUUCAAAUGCCCAUUUUCAGCGCUGCAGGGAGUUUUAGAGCAUGAAGCAGAACAGCCUCAAGUUUCAGAUGUUCCUCAAUCAAAACAAGAUCCUGAAUCAAAACAAGAAUCAGUGAGUGCAGUUCAAGUGCCUUUGGAAGCAGCUAUUCCUAUGGAACAACUUUUUUCUGCCCCUGCAGCCCAAUAUCUGCUUCCCAUACUCGGGGAAGCUCCCCCUGGAGAACCCCCUGAUCCAAAAAAAUGCUCUCCUCGAGAAUAUUUGGAGUUUUACAUCUUCCCAGUGGUCUUACCAGGACUGGCUGCACUUCUGCAUGAGACAGAGAAGGAGAAGUGUUUUGAGGGAAAAAGAACCACAUUUAUUCCCUCUGAUUUCCUAACUGAGUGGUUAUACAACAAUAAUCCAAAGAGGAAGGAUGAGUCAUUCACGGAAUUGUUUUCCAUUCCUUUUGUUAAGGACUGGUUAAAGGACCAUCCUAGACCACCAGUUCCUUUAUCUCUGCUUCUAUCAGAAGAAGAAGCAAGCAUACUAAUUCAGUCCUUCUGGAGAGGUUAUCGGGUUCGUUGUGACAGUGAAAUACAAGAGCUACGUCAGUGGCAAAAGAAGCUGAGAGAGGAGAGGCACAUUCAUGAGGUAGUGAAAAAAUUCUGGGCUAAACAGGAAGCCAAAGUGGGAAGCAAAUCAGAAGAGCUGGACUAACGUACACAAAAUCCUUCAACAUCUCAAUUUUAGCUUCCUCACUAAAAUUGCAAAGCACAGAGCUCAUGGACUUUGUGAUACUGAUUUAGAAACACUUUUAGCAUUAAAGUUUUAUAUGUGAAGUAUUGUAAAUCAAAGGCAGGUUAUGUAAGGACCCAGCAUGCCGAGACAAAAUUCAGUCUUAGUCUAAGUGAGCACAAUUCUGUUAAAACAGAUGGAAUGGGGCACAUCUAGCCAAAAAUGUUGAAUCUGUGUUUAUCUUGUGUUCCUGAAUGCUCACUUAAAACCUUUUCUGACAGGAACAAAACUCUGGGUGAAAUUAAAUGUGGUUCUACCCAUACGUAGGCAAGUGUUAAAUCUUCAUUUAUCAUAAACUGGACUUCUCUGACUCCUGCAGAGCUACAACAAUUUGCACAAAUCCAGGCUAUGUUCAGAAUGGUCUAAUUUGCAGAAACACUGUGCCCCUGCCAUUCCAAUGGAAGGCAAUGAGAGCUGGGGCUGCUCUGCAUUUCUGCAGGGGAGAAAAGUCAAAGGCCCUUUUGUUACCACUUAGCACAUGUGCUGAGAAAGUGUAGAAUUAAGAUCCCAGUGUCAGCAUUUUCAGCAAUCUUAUGCAGGCUACUUACUUAUAUCAGGUCCAAGCACAGUAAAAAUCAGAUUGGGCCCCUUGCUAAGGAACCCUUGUUAUUUUUUAACUUACCCCUGUCAAGAACAGUUCUAUUUAUGCCUUUAUAAUUUCACAAUUAGAGAAGAUAGUAGCAGAACUAGAAAUAAUUCCAUGUAAGUCAAAGGUGUAGCUGUUUUGACUAAUAAAACAUGGGUGGUCUCUAGCAUUUGCUGUGGUUCCACAUGGAUUUCUUCCUUCACUUGCACAGACUUUGUCUUCACUGUUACGCCAGUACCCACCCCUUGGGUUUUUUUCUUGGUUGGUGAUGAUUGUUCUUGCACCAGAUCUGGAAAAUCAAACAAUUUGAAGAAAAAACUCUCAUUCUGCACUCUUCAAGCCCAGCUGAAUUCUUCAGUCCCGUUCUUUUCACAAGCACAAGCAAUUGAACCAGAACAGGAAACUGCUGAGCCAACAGGGGAAAAAAAAAUAUCCCUUUUGUGUUAAGAGUUUGGCUGCUGAACUCCUUGAGUGGCUCACCAUGGGUUUGAGAGGUGCCAGAGCUGAGGGUAAGUGUGGGAAUGUGGCCAAAGGUGCAGGAAUGUGCUUUAGGAGCCCUUUUCUUCAGUUUAACUUUGCUUACAUUGAGGAACUGCACCAGGGGCAAUCCUGUCUGUGGCAGUGGUCACUGCAAUGGAAAAAAUCUGUGUGGAUUUUAAAACCAAGUGGACACAAACAUUGUAAGUAAAUAGUAAAGCCUUUAUUCUCGUUAAGAACAGCAUUUUGAAAAUAAAACAUUUGCCCAUGCUUUACAACCUUUGUAGUUUUGUAUACUUAUGUACAGUCAUCAUGGUACACAUUGAUUGUCUUGAAAAUCCUUUAAAGAUGUCCUUAAUAAGAUACCAGUAUGCAACAAUCAGCGGAAAAAAGGGUACGUUAUAAAACACACGUUAAUACAUUUAAUAAAUACAUAUUAUCUAUCAAAAAUGAGCUUUUGCUCUCAUCAAUUAAUAAAAAGCACCUGCUUUGUAAUCCUGUAAGUUGGUAGAAUAAUCCAAUUGUUUUAUUAUAAAAGCUACAAUGCUCCCUUUUGUAUGGCCUUUGGUUAGACCCAAGGCAUCGAGCUCAAACAAAGCCAACCAAGAUGCCUGUGUUUAGACUAAAAGCAGACACAGCUAAUUCUAUAGUAUUUCAUGUACCUUGUUUAUAGAAACAGCUGGAUGUGUUGAGAGUGUUCUUCUGAAGAUGCUACAUAUUUCCUGGCAAGUGUCAAACACCCUCAACCCAUCUGAAAGCGGGACACGAUCUGUAGGACUUGGAACUCUUUUCCUGCCAUUGAUCAAAAGCUGGUCAUUUUAAAUCUUGUUUUGCUAACAGAUGCUUUUUGAUUUCCUUUUUCUGCAUGGAAACACCAUGAGCACAUAACCAUCAAGGGACAACAUAGUAGCUUUUAUAGUAUAAAAGCUAAUUAUAAUCAGGAGAACUGCGAAAGGCUUGUGCUUAGUUACUUAUUCAUGUUGUUCACAGAUGCUCUACAUUCUAGAAAACUUUCAAAAAAGGCAAAAGUAAAUACUGUAACAAAAAUAUAAGUUAACAUAAAGGUGCCUUUCUUCAAUUACAGUUUUAUUUUGGAGCAUUUUACAUCACAGACUAGUGACUUACAAAAAAAAGUUGCUCAUUACUAAUUGUAUAAAGUUGGAAAAUAAAGACCCUCCUAAAUCUAUUGCCACACUUUCACCACCACACAUUAAACCCAAUCCUGCUAAUUUUUAAUUCAGUGAAUAGUCCACAUGACUAACCCAGUGAGACUAGUCAUGUGAAUUGCAGUUUGUAAGAUCUGGCCAUAUCUUUGCAUAAGCCCUGAAAUUCCAAACAACUUCAUCAGAAGCAGGAUUGGGAAUUCUAUUUAUCAAUUCAGUCACAUCUAGAAAAAGAAAAAGCAAGUUUCUUAAGAUAACAAUGUCCUGUAUAGAUUUUGUCAAAGGUCUGUAAAAUGUGUAUUAUAA